AUGUGGAACACGGUUUGCACACCGCUUGUGGAAAUGAAGCUUGAUGCUGUUUGUGCUCUUGUGAAAAGAAUGGAUAUCGCUCAAAACCGUUUGGACGCUAUUGUUCGUAAGUUCGAGCAACUGAAUCUCGGAGGACUAGUCUUAGCGUCCUGCUCUCUCCAGGACUUGAAAGAAGCGCUAGGGAUACCGCUAGGUGACUGGACUAUGGUGCGUAUAUUGGUUGAAACAUUGAAAGCAUUUGGCCCUAAUGUACCAGGAGUGAAGGUCGACAAGAGGAAGGCUUUGAUUUUACCUGAAGAGGAUGAGGAAGAAGAUGGGUUGGAAGCAGAUAUCGAUUUGACAUCGAGGAGAGGCACGAUAGUGCACUCUCCUGGUGGACCAAUAACGGCUGAGGAGCGCAGAAGAUCCAUGGCUAUGAAUGAGGAGAUGAACAGCGAUCAUAAAUGGUUAAUGGAAAGCCUUUCAGGAAUGGAUCUAACGCGAACCGAAGGUGACUUGGAUUUAGCACCGUCGUCUGCGAACUCAGUGCGAUUUGAUGACGUUGCUGAGGAUGGAUUGGCUUCGGAUGCCGAUAGCACUGAGUCAAGAUUUGGAAGCCGAGAGAAUCUUCUUGAUCCAGGACCGAUUUUGAGUCGCAAUUCUAGCAGCAAUGGAAGGUAA